GUGAAGUUUAAAAUAUAAAAGCCUUAUGUUGGUAAUCAACUUGUAAGCAUGGAGAACUCGAAUUGGAGCUCCCUGGCUUCGCUGGAAUCUCUGGUGGUGUCAAAUGUGUCUGAAGAUUUACCUGGUUAUCCGGGAAUAGAUAAUAUAUCGAAGGCCGAAGGUCCAAAGUCAAAGAAACCCAGGAAAGCUGAUUAUAUGAAGGACUUUUCCAUGCCCAAAGAAAUGGCCAGUGCCUAUAAAAUGGAGACAGCUCGCUCUCAGUCGCUGCAGGCGGAGGCCUUACCGUACCAGCCCGCUACAGUGGUCAUCCAGCCUCCCAAACAAUUGCCUCCGGAGGCAGAGAACGAUCGGCGGAUGUAUGUGCCCGAUUUGAAUCAAGCCAUUACCCAUCGCGAUGUAUUCAACUACUUCUGCAACUUUGGGGAUCUGGAGCGAGUGUGCGUAAGGAAUGGUACGGAUAACUUGAACUAUGCCAUGGUCCUCUUUAAACGCACUGCCGGCAUGGAACAGGCCAUCAAAUCCAAUUCGCACGUGAUUAAGGGACACCAUUUGAGCUGCCGCAAGGCCACUGAAAGAUAUAAAAAUAAGUCAGGCAAACAGACCUUUGAGUUAUAUGAUAAUAAACGGGAAAUCUCUAAGAAACCGGAACCAAAGUCGCCGAUUAAGCCAACUGAACCUCCUGUUCGACAGCGAAAGAUAGAGGAUCCCAAAAGAAGUAUCCAACAGGAGCUGAAUAAGACUUCCAAGCCACUGCGCAGGUCGAAACGAAUUCAGAAACAAGUAGAGUCGAAGGCAAAGAAUCGAGUGACUCCCAGCAAAUCGGAUAGGAACUUUGUAUAUGCAGUGACCACAAAAGAUGGGAUCUCCCGCUGGAGUUUCAAGUUGUCCAGGUUGAAUCUGAGUGUGGACGAGCAGAGGGUAAUGGGAAAGGGUCUUCCACAGACGGCAAAGACUCUCCUUGCUGCACGAACUGUGUCGUCAAAAUCCCCCAAGUCGAAUGCUCCGAAGAGUCCAGGAACCAUUUGUGAUCCUCCAGAACCUACUCGUGAUCCACCAGGACCUCCUUCUCCUCUCACACCCUUGCCCUUCCUACUGACUCGUACUCCCCUGGUUCCCCUGCCCAAAAAAAUCAUUUCAGAAACCGUGAAACCCGAUCUAAGGUCCGUUAUUUUGUCCACUUUGGGUCAAAAUUACGUUCAUCACUGCUAUACAAAUGUGGAGGCUUAUCGGAGGAGCAAGUGCUAUAUCGAUAUCCUACCCGAUGAGAGGAUUAAGCGUCCUUCAAUCAAGAAGUAUGUGGAUCAAAUGUAUGGAGUAACAGAAUAGGAAUGGUCAUCCUACU